AUGACGGAAAGGGAGCUCCUUCCUGUGCAGGUCCACCCCCUGGGCUGGGGUGCCAUGAAAGGGCAUUGGUGGCAGUUUAUAUUUAUCGGAGUUCUGCUACUAACCGUCACUAUCGGAACGGUAUCUAUUAUAUGGUCCGGAGCGCGAAGACUCAUGAAAUACUACAAGUCGAGACCGCCAUCAGACACUGUUCCCUCAAAUAUCUCGAAACGCCUCGCCCAACUAGCAAACCGUGAGCUCAACCUUGUUGACACACGUGCACGCAGGGGAAAGCCCUUGAGCUUUGGCGUAUAUCUCGGUGGGUUCGAAAACCCACCCACUGCUUCACAAGAACGACUGCUGGAAGAGUGGGAUCUUCUUAUCCUUGAUCCAUUCCAGCCCGGUGUUUCCAAAGCUAUCUCCAGACAUGAACGUAGCCAAGUACUGGGGCGCGUCGAUUUCGCCCGACUCGUUGCCCCGAAGUCCUCAGCCCUGACCGUCAUCGAGACGGUCGAGGAACUACUCGCAAGCAGUUUCAAUGAAACAAAGUUCUCUGGUAUCCUUCUCGCCAACUGGGAGGAUGUUCUCUCCCCCGCUAUUCGCAGAAAGUUGCUCGAGAUAAUUAGCAGUCUCGGUUUGGCAGUCUAUCUCGAGUCAGCACCUCCGCAUUUCUUGGAAGACAGAACGGCUGUUCAAACCGAUGCCGUUGCCGGUUUGGUUAUUCGCAAUGCCAGCGUCAUGCCUGAGGGCGAGAAGCGCGACUACUUCGCCAUGGCCGAGCUUCAAUCAACCAUUAAGGCGUUUGUCUCCGAGUCUUGCAUGAGAGAUUUUAUUGUGAUGGCCUGGGAAACUAUUGACGAUAAUGUGACGGUCACCAACGCGAUCGUUCGCAGAUCUCUUCAAUGGACCAGCUUCUACAGCGCAAUUACCUGGAUCGGUCCCGAAGCUGCUUUGCGAGAUGCGGACUUGAAUAUCACGACUCUCGAGCCUCUUCCAGCCUUCGGAUGGUUGAAAGAAGCCGAGAUUAUGAAGGCUCAUGACACCUGGCGUUCCAACCUGAACAUCCUGCCUUCGCCUGAUAUGAACGAUGGUUGGGAUGCACUCCAGCCCCUUUUCCCUGCUGUUAAUGAGCUGCUUGAUUCCGAAGAAUACAACUCCAAGGCCCCCGAAAGCCCGACUGCUCGACUGCGUGAUCCCCCUGAAUGGGUUGCUCAGGUCAAAUCGCAGGGUAGCCCUCUCUCGAUCUCCAUGUCGGGAAUGGCGUACAAGUCUCUCGGUUGCUUCCCUCUCGGUUCCGACUCAUCACCGAUGGUCUUUGCGGAAAUUGUUCAGUCCCAGCAGCGUCUCAAGUCUCUCAACCUGCUCCAUCCUGUUCCAACGGCAAAGAUCCAGAGCAUCGGACUUCUCCUUCGCCAAUUCCAUGACAGCCUGGACCUCUCCGGGGAUGAAGAUGAGCUCGCCAAUUCCAUCAAGGAACUUGCGAAUUGGGCCUCUAAUGAUCUCCUGCAUGUGAACCUGGCUCUCGAUUCUGGUCUGCGCAAGAGCUCCGAUUUCCGCUUCUGGGCUGUCUAUGAGAUGGAUAAUGAGGGUAUUGAGAUUUACGUAUCCAAGAAUGCCCAGGGUCUUGCUGGAACCAUUCUCCAUACAUAUCUGUCAGCCAAGGGAUUCCCUCGGCAUGUUUGCUUCGAGGCUGAGGCCACCUUCGCGACCUGGUCUAAGGAUGUUUCCGCUGAAACUGGUCUCCCCCGCCGAUUGAUUCAGGAUAUCGAUGUUCUCACUCCCGAAGAACGCCUCCUCAUGUUGCAGCAUCUGUCUUUGACCGAUGUUCACAGCGAGCUGGUCGAGGUCAUCUGCGCUUAUAUCCGCAAACAACUUAUGGAUGCUCCUUCUUUCGCUCUGUUGAAGGCACACAACACCGUUGGUUACCUCGAUCAGUCUGUCUCCCCCGAGGAACUGAUCAGGUCUCGUAUCGAGUGGUACCGAGACCAAGGGUGCAAGCAUCCUUCCGUCAAGGCAUGUCUUUCUCUUUUCAACCAAGUCGACACUGUGCUUGGUCGGGUUCUGAGAGUGCGCCGUGAAGAUGACCUUGCUACUAUCACUAAUGGACUAUGCGCACUUCUCAAGGGUGGCUCUGUUGACGCUUAUAUCGACAUAAUGGCCCUCGCGCUUUUCUGUGCGGCGAGAAAGGGUGCCUUUGACGAAAUUUACCAGGAAGUGACCGAUCGCAACCCCUUGUUUAACAAUCAUUCCGAUCAAGCUGCCGCAUUUGCCGAGUCAUUCGCUCUUGGUUCCCGAUGCGAGGCUUACUUCGAUGUUUCUCCGAGUGUUUUCGGUAGGCUCUUGUCCAAUCGGUUCAGAGCCUACUACAACGAACACCAGCCUCCCAACUGGGCGAACGGUGCUCCGCAGCUUGCUACAUCCUAUGCUGGAGCCCAGAUCGAUGUCAACCCGGAUGAACAGCCCAAGGUUAUGCGUGGCUACCAGCGUUUUACCUUCCUGAGUGUCUUCGCCAUCCCGGCCUUGAUUGAUAUCAUCUUGCUCACCAUGAUCGGUCGCGGUCUUUAUCUCUCUGCUGCCAUGAGCGACGAAGAACAAGACAGCGCAACAUGGGCCUUGAUGAUUUCCUUGCUGCUUUCUGGUGCAAUUGGUACCUGGAUCGCAUGCGGUGGUCCUUACUACCUCAUCUCAAUGGCCUUUGCAGCUGCUAACAUGUUCGUUCUCAUCCGCUUGAUUGCUGGUAUUGCCUUCACUGUCGCUGGCGGUUUGAUUGGAUUCGUCGCCAUCUCAGCCGUCAGAAGCCCUCGUGCUGGUAUAAUCUUCUACCUCUAUCUGAUUGCUCUGACGAUCUACUUCUCGACCUUUGCCUCGCUCGCUAGUUUCAGCUAUCCCGGAUCAAGCUUUUUGUCCGGUCGCAAGGCCAUUAUCUUUUGCAUGCCGAUCCUGUUCGUGUCGCCGAUCAUCACCACCUGGGCCGGCAACGACUCAGCAAUCUAUCUCGCCGUCAUCUACAUCUUCAUCGGUGUGCUCUUGCUCUGCCUGCGUUCGGUUACCUCCAAAUGGGUCACCUGGUACCAAGACAUCCGGCGCACUGACGAUACUGAAAUCCGCAAGUGGUACAUCAGUGCGUAUGGCCACGAUGACGAAAAGGUCUUUGCGAACAUGAGUGACCCGGCUGCCCUCAAGCUGGCAAGAGAGGCCCUGUCAAAGGAUGUCCUUGCCGAGCAAAAGCGUGGCAUGUUCUCCAAGGCAACCAAGGAUAAGCUGGUCUUCGAACUUGCUCGGGAUUGGGAGUCGACCAACUUCCUUCUCGACUGGUACUGUCGUUAUGCCGAUGUCCCGCGCCCAAUCGCGUUCAGUUCUGGUUGGAACAUCCAGACAAAGGUCGCAUUGGACGUUCUUCGCAACUCCCAGAAGGGGCUCCGUCUGCACAAUGCAUUCGUUCACUGGCGCCAAUCGAGCAAGGAGAUCGGAUGUGGUAUUCUCUACUUCGUGAUUGCCCUUCUCGAUAAAUGGAUUCAAAUGCUCAGUGGUGAUCGCAUGCUUGGUUAUGCUGGCGCUGUGUACGACCCGAACGUGGACGAUGCGGCCCUGAGCGAGGCGAACCGGAUGGCUGUUGGCUUCGCUCUUGCCUACUACCUGAUUGGAGCUGUUCUCAUUGAUACCAAGGCUCAGGAACUUCACGACGCCCUUGGCAGCAAGACUCCCACCUCUGUCAAGUCUGCUAAGGAUAUUCGGAUCGCCCAGAAGAAGGAAGUCGAGCUCCGUCGUAAGGUCUACUGGCGGGUUCUGCUCCGUUUCCUCCUGUGGCAUGUAUGGAGUCUGGCUCUAGCAACUGCUCUCAUUUGGUCUUUCCAGUCAUUACGCCAGGGUAUGACCAUCUUCUUCUCCUACGUUCUGGCCUACACUGGUUUGAUCUGGUACCAAUACACCAAGAUCUUCACCGGUCCUCAUGCGCUCAAGCCUCUCAUCACUGGUAUCUGCGUCGGAUUGCCAGUCGGUAUCGCUCUCAGGCUCUGCCUGCCUCACAACCGGUACUCUCAGAUCAUCGGUCUUGGAGCUGCCACUUGGACUGUUGCCUUCCUGUCUAUCUGGAAUGCCAAGAUGGGUAUGCCCAACAAAGUUGACUCUCCGGUCGAGCUUGGGCGGACCUUCCACGCCUUCACAACGCCCUGGUCCGACCCUGAGUGGUCUCAGCAGGAACUCCAAACUUUCUUCGAAAACUACUCUCUGCUUCCAUCUGACUCACGAUUCAAGCUCAACCCUGCUGUUCACCCCGGUGUCGAGAUUAAGAGUGCUAUGACGUCUCGCAGAGAGGAACUCCGCAUUGAAGAGGCCUUUCCCACCUCCAAGGAAAUUGUUAACACUGCGAUCUCCUCGUGGGAAAAGGGCGACAUUGUUAUCGAGCUUGUUCCAAUAGGCUCCCUCGGACCCGGUAUCCGUGCUUUGAGUUGCAGCACUGGUAAUCAGUUGAAGCUGGCCAUCAGUGUUGGAGGUCUUCUGGAUGAGCGCCUUGACAUCAGUACAAACUGCCAGGUCAUCGCCGAGACUCUACUACACGCUGUCACUGAGCUCAUGAUGGGUGUUCCCCACGAAUACGCAUCAUUGGCAGGAUCAAUUGUCUCCGGUGGAGUCACACACACCAUGGCCCGACAGCUUCGUGAGGAGGCCAAUACCUCCACCGUCGUUCGUUGGGCCAAGAAGGAGCUUCUCCGACAGCUCUGCCUUGGUUUCGAAGCUGAUAUUCACUGGGACAAGCUGCCUACCGAAGUUCGUGAUGUACUACUGAAGCGUUGCUUAGGACAACAAUGCAGUCUCUCUAACAGCCAGCGACAAUGGCUUCAGGAAAGCCUGUGCACCUUUGACACCAAGGAUCUUGACAUCCACGUUGCUCGUUGCAACCUUGGAGCAGCCACCGCGAUCAGUGUUCUCGACUAUGCUCACUGGGGAACCGGAGAAGCCGCUCUUCCCAAGGAAUCCGAGACUUCUGAGUACAUUUCUUAUGUGCCUCGUAAGCUCCCGCUUGUGUUGUCACUGUUCAGAACACCCUUGAGCUACAUCUACCAUAAGCUGGGCACAACGGUCAAGUUCUUUGUCGUGGCUUUGAUCGCAGACCCGGAAUUCCAGAGAGAGUUCAACCACGUCACUCAGCCCCUUCCUACCGUUGUCCGUGUCCCUACUGUCUUCUUGUUUAACUUGUUUUGGGUUUACUCCAAAGUUGUUCAAGACUUAGGCUUGUCAUUCUUCCUAUUCUACGGUCGCCAGAACGUCAAGCGUCUGUGGGAAGAGACCAAGGGCAUGACUAUCCACAUCAAGAAGAGCAGAGUCAUUGUUCAAAGUCUGGACGGCACUUUCACGGCAUUCCGGCAUCAUGAGAUUGACGGUGGCUUCAAAAUCUACCACUAUGCAGGCGACCACAAGACCGAGCCUAAGGAGGUUAAGGCACUGAAAUAUGUCAGCACCUACUCCGGUGAGAUGUUGCUUCUUGUCAAGCAGGAGUUCAAGGAUGGCAAGGUCACCAACGAAUACCACUACGACUACCAAUCCCCGACUAAGAAGGGCUUCAAGCUUGGCAAGUCUUCGGCUCGCAUUCCGUUGGGCCGUCGCUGCGUUUCCGGUGCCAAUCACCUGCAAAGUGUCCAGUACAACCGAAAGGGUCUCAUCGAAUCUGGCUCAUACAUGAAGGAUGGUAACUUGAUCCGUUUCAAGUACCACUAUCGCAAGAACCCCCGUUUCGGUGAUGAGCUGCUCCGCGCUGAGUUCGUCUUGUCUCACAUCAGCUGCACAGUGUCUUGGUGUGCGCCUCCCCGCCGUCAUCCCGAGAAGGUUGAGCGCUGGAUUCCUCAUUCUAAGGUUACAGAGGCCAGCUUUGUUCAGGGCGCCGAUGUCUAUGAGAGCCGCUGGCUGUAUGACCACAAGUUCCAUCCCACGAUCUUCACAACUAUCAACGGUCAGAAGGUUCAGACCCCUCCCAUGAUCGAGCAUGAUUACCUGGGUGUCCUGGCCAAGCCGAAGUAUACCAGCUUUGUGCAUGACAACCCCCUCUUCUACUGCGACAGUCUCCAGUCAAACCUGUUCACCCGCACACUUGGAUUGACCAAGAAGCGCUUCGUGGUCUCAACUUCUCGUGCUCGCUCUCUUAUGUGGAAGGCCUGGAAGGACCGUGUUGACUUCGACGCCAUUAUUGUCCGCUGGAUGGAUGACCGUAUUCUACGCAGAGACCGAGUCCUUGCUCCAUACUGGCGCAGUCGUGACUGGGGUAACCUUGGAUCUGCAAAGAAGUACAUGGAUCUCCGUGCCGACGCCAUCAUGGCUAGUGCCGAUCUGGACGACAACAUCUCCAGCUGGACUCCACUCGCUGUGAAGAUCACCGAUUUGCUCAACUUCGGCCCUGGAGGUGACGCUGUUGUCAACACUCGCUCUAAAAAUUUCGGAACUGAUACUGACAAGACCCUGCACGUCAUGGCCGCUGACAAUGGUACCUGGCCCAAUGAAGGUGGUGGUGUCUCUGCCUGUCGACGAGACAUGAUCAACUCCCUGCGAACCAUCAAGUGGCACAUGAUUUGCGAGUCUGCGAACGACUUUGGUGUUCCCAAGCACCAGACCGAGCAGAACAUCCAGUCUCUCAAGCUGAUCCCUCUCUGGGGUAUGGAUUUCCUAACGCCAACUCACGGUUUGUUCCAUAACAAGCUGGAUGCUGAGGUCGACAAUGUGACUUCCGCCAGCGAGUUUGAUAUCAAGAUGAACUUUAUUCCGAUCCUGACAGCCUUGGUUAAGGGUGCGCGCGCAAUCAACCUCACGAAGGCCGACAUUCACCAGGCAACUCGUGCUUUGGUGAACCUCAACACAUACUUCCAGGAAUCCCGUCAUUGGACCCAAGUGUGGAACAGUGAAACGGUGAAGCAGAGCUGGCGUGAACUGUGGCUUACUCAGGAGAUGUCGAAUGCCAUGCCAUCGUCGGAGUGGUUCGACACUGAACUUCCUACGCUGGCCGCUCUCGAUGUCGCCCUGGAGCUCUGGUACCGCUAUCUCUUCAUUUUCUCGAUCCCUGUUCCUGAGAAGAUUCCUUCAACCUUCCAAGCCUCGCACCACAGUGUCAGCGCCUCAUAUGGCGUUGUCUGUAAGAUCAAGCGCAAGUGUACUCUGCAGAUUUGGGAUCACGCUAUCAGUUGGCGUGAAACCAACCUGUGUCUGUCAUCUGCACUCUGCAAGCUCUCGCCAUUUGUUCGUAACUCGCUGCUUGGAUUGAUGCGCAUUACCUCCGUCCUGACUCUCCACCACGCCGAUAUCAUCCUUCCCUGUGCGGACUUCUUCAAUCCCGGCUGGGAGGUCGAGAUUGGUACAUGCCAGGGAACAAUUGAACAUCGCAACGUCUUCCGUCGCAAGAUUGAUCCCGUUGUCAACGGUAUCACUGACAUGCAGAAGUUCGCCCCGGUCAAGGAAAUCAAGUCUGAGCGCCCGACUGUCACCAUGUUGUCUCACGUCUGGUAUGCCAAGGAUAUCAAGAUCGCCCUUCUCGCUGCCGAUAUCAUCAUCAACCAGUGGAAGUUCGACGAUUACCACCUGGACAUCUAUGGUGCCAUCGACAAAGCCCCAACAUACUCCACUGAAUGUCAAGAGAUCAUCGCCUCCAAGGGUCUCCGCGGUAAGGUCACACUGCGCGGAACUGCCGACCCCAUGAAGGUCCUGGAGAACACCUGGCUCUUCCUCAACUCGUCUCUGUCCGAGGGUCUCCCUCUCGCUCUAGGCGAAGCCGCUCUCACUGGUGCUCCCGUAGUCUGCACAGACGUCGGUGCCUCCCUCCGAGUUCUCAGUGACCCAGAUGACUUCUCCCGGUUCAGUGCCGUGGUCGCACCCAAUGACGCCCUCAACCUUGCAAAGGCCCAGAUCGGCAUGCUCGCCAUGCUCGGCGAAUGGAGCAAAUACAGUGACGACACCGAGCCCGCACCAGUCCUGACCAACUCCCCCACCGCAGAGGACGUGGCAGCCAUCACCCGCCGCAUGUACACAAAGAGCGAGCACCGCCGUAAGCUCGGCAUGAUGACCCGCAAGAUCGUCCAGAAGUCCUUCAGUGGUGACCGAUACCUCCGUGAACACGAGCAGAUGCUCUGGAUUGGCAAGUCCGCCAAGAUGAUGGCCAGCCGCGCUGCAGGUGAUCCCAUCGAGCCCGCCGACGUGGCAGCCGCCAUUGAAAACGGCGUCGAUGAGGAGAUCAUCACUAUUCCCCGUGGUGCUGUGUCUGGUGUCUCCACCCUCUACAGCUCUGUCUCUCACGUUCCUGGUCGUGGUGGCUACCACCGUCCUAUGUCUGAUAUCUCAACCAUGAGUAUGAGCAACGUCUCCACCGAUGCCGAGUCCUUCGCUCGUCUGCCCGUCUUCGCUCCUAGACAAUCUAUGAUGUCUACUGGUGGCUCCCCUGGCAACAGAUCUCCCAUGUGGACUUCCAACCACCGCCUCUCUGUCCUGGGCAGCCGCGCCCACUCUCCUCGCCCUCAGUCCCAUAGCCGCUCUAUCUCCACUGCGGGUCGCGAACAGAUUCGCGGCCUGCACCGUGAGGAUUUCGCCCCAUACCGCAACUCUGAUGUCAGCGUCGUCAUGAGAGAUGAGUUCAUUCGCUCUGGCGGCCUGCUUCCCAGUGGUUAA